AGGCAUAAAUGAAUCCAGAAGUUGAGCCGAGCAGAGAAAAAAUGGCUUGCCUUCAACUCUCAGUUCCACUGCUAGCCGGAUCACGUCCCAAACUCACUACGGUUCGUUGCGCUAGUGACCGCCAGGAGCUUUUUAACCGCAUUGCCCCUGUUUACGAUAACUUAAAUGAUUUGCUGAGUUUGGGUCAGCACCGUAUAUGGAAACGCAUGGCGGUAUCCUGGAGCGGAGCAAAAUCGGGAGAUUACCUGUUGGAUUUGUGCUGUGGAAGUGGAGAUUUAACGUUCCUCAUGUCUGAGAAAGCUGGUGAAAGGGGCAAAGUAAUUGGCCUCGAUUUCUCGAAAGAGCAACUAUCGAUCGCUUCAUCACGCCAAUACUUGCUUUCAAAGCCUUGCUACAAUAACAUUGAAUGGAUUGAAGGUGAUGCACUUGAUUUGCCGUUUUCUAAUGGUUACUUCGAUGCCAUUACUAUGGGAUAUGGGUUGCGUAAUGUGGUUGAUAAACGUCGAGCCAUGCGGGAGAUAUUUCGAGUUUUAAAGCCAGGCUCGAGGGUGUCAAUCCUCGAUUUCAAUAAAAGCGUGCAGCCAUUGACAGCCUUCUUUCAGGAAUGGAUGAUUGAUAAUGUAGUAGUACCAACAGCAACAAUUUAUGGCCUUGCCAAGGAAUACCAGUAUUUGAAAAGUUCCAUUGAUGAAUUUUUAACAGGGAAGGAAUCGGAGAAACUCACUUUGGACGCAGGGUUUUCUUAUGCCAGACAUUAUGAGAUCGGUGGAGGCCUCAUGGGGAACUUAGUAGCCACACGUUAAAGUAGAUGCAUGCCUUUUCUUUUCUUUCCAUUUUCGGUUUUUGGUUUGUUGAUGAAGAUAGCAUCCUGUUGUCUAUGAAUUCCAAACAUUUUCUAAGAGCAGAUGUUGUUGGAUUGAAUCCUUACUGAUACCUAUCAUGUAUG